AUGUAUGCAGCCAAGACGAAGUGGAUCGACUCACUUCCACUUGGGCCCGCUUAUGGGGAAAGCAGAGUCGCCUUGGGCCACCGCUAUCGUAUUAGUGCAUCAGCGGUCAUAGCGAUCGACCUGGGAGAUAUUGGUUUGGUGAACAUAAAUGCGCCUGUUGACCCCCUCGGUCGGAAGCACUUUUUCACUGACUUGCAUGAGGUGACGCGGAUAGAGCAGCCGACGAACCUCGCCGGGGACUUCAAUAGUGCUCAGAGCUCGACUCGUAACAGGCUUAGCGACGAACGGCAGGGACGUCCGAUAAGCAAGGCGCUUCAGACCUAA